GUCCAACCUAUCUUGAAGGGAUGAUAGUGAAGAGGCAAGAAUGCGCAUCGUCAAUGAAGGUACUUAUUAUAUCUAAACCCUCAAGGACAGAUGAGCUGUCCUUGGGGAUCGGUUUUCAUCUGCCGCAAGCAAGUGGCCCCUCGUUCUCCUACGUUUGUAGAUGCCAUAUUACAGUGUGUCUUUCGGUUUGUGAUCUUCUCGAUUAAGACCGCUUGUCGCUCGGUUUGAAGGUGGAGUCGUUUUAUCAGUCAUCUUCAGGAAUGUGGAGGUGGUGUCUUUCGGUUUCGGAGUGCUGAGAGUAAGAGUCCGUCAUCGGCUUUCACUGUAUAAAGAAAGUUAAGUUAUUAGAACACUUCUGCAAAGAAGUUUGAAGAAUUUUCUUCUCUCUUUUCCAAAGCGGAUCUACUUUCAAAAGCGGAUCUACCUAAAGACCACGUAAAUGAGAAUAGAUACCCAGCUAUCAUCCUUCAUAAUAUCAUCUUCGUGAAGAUAUUCUUAUAAUCCCUUACUGAUCGAAGGAAGAGCUAACAUCAUCAUCUUCAUCAAACACAACUUGCACCACCUCGCGCUAGGCACAUUCAUUCACUCAUCAUCAUCAUCAUCACCCUGUGAGCGACCUCUUGCUAGGUAAAUGAAUGAAUGAAUGAAUUAAUCGACUAACAUCGUCGUCAUUAAUCGAAGAACUAAAAAACAAUCACAAUCGAACAGAUGGGUGUGGGAGCCUCCUGCGCAACGGUGCCUUCUGGUCCGGAUGUCGUCUAUAUCAUGCAGACCAAAGGCUGUUCUGGAGGCGGACAAUGUCAGAGCCUGGGGCAGGCACCUGUAAUUUAGGACUAGAGGACUCUCACUCUUAUGGAAAGAAAAUCUGUUAUCAUUAUCAUGCUUUUCUUCUUCAGAAACUUGAUAAUGAUAACAGAUUUUCGUUUCGUAACUACGUAUAAUCUGGUAUAUUAAUGAAGUACUUUUUCUCCUGAGUGACCUCAGGUGAGAGGUAGCCUGAGUCUGGGGGUAAGCUGUGAGGUAUCUUGAGUGAGUUCUCCUUCCAGGUCUAGCCCUUAAUUUUUAGGUGACUCACUCUACCGGUCUCGCGUUAAAUUAUCCAGCUGCCACCAGAGCAGCCGAUGGAUAUGAGGCUACAGCAAGUCCUAAGCCUACCCGAGUACGAAGAAGGACUGCGAAACGUGAAUCAGAUACUGCGGCAACAUCUAUUUUAUGGGAGUUACUGGCAUCAGUAGAUGAUCUUGCAGCAACAUCUAUUGUAUGCAGUUGGGACGAGCUAAUUGUUGAGGUAGUCUUCUGCAGUGUAAAUAUUUCUACCUCGUUUCCGGAAACCAGGUGAUAAUCCCCUUUGCACACUCAAUAUCGAACAAGUUUUUCCAACUACCACAUCGCCUCAACACCGUCACCACCUCUAAACAGCCUUCCUCAGUGGUAGAUGGAUUGGGAUUAUGAUACUAUUGGUCCUACUCCCGCACUUCACCUUUCGGUUGGGUGACAGCGAAAAUACUGGAGGAGGAGAGAACGAUGGAGCAGCAAAAGUGAUCUUUAUGAGAAAGAUCGAGAAGAGGUCAAUUUUUUUAGAAUUUUAAUAUCGAUACUGAUGUGAUUGUCCUCCGAUACUUUCACGCGCGAUGACGAGUCUUCAGUUACCAGCACGCGCUUUCGCUCUUCUGAUUCAAGAGCACUUGUAGGCAAACGACCAAUUGGCAAUUGCACAUGUACUCGUACAAAGACUCUAAUUUCUUAGGAAUGUGGCCCAUUUUCUUUGCGGUUUUCAUCUAUUGGCGUCACGAACAAUCGAAAACCCGGGUUGCACAACAGGUAUUGAAACAACGUGAAAUUCUAAUAAUCUUGAUCUUCACAUGUUAAUAAGUAAUCAAGACUCAUUCACAAGUUUGUUGAGUGCAUAGGGGUUGUUUGUCUAGAUUAGUAUUGGUGGAAGUUCUUGGUCUAGGACAGUAUUGCUCUCGUCAGGGAAAUCUUAGGCAGAUUGCCGAACAAUAGACUCCCGUCAUCAGUAUUGCGUGUAGUAUCAAAGACGAAGAACAUCUCCUGACGCAGCACGAACUCUCAGAUCAAAGAAGAGCUGUCUCGAAUUUGGAAGGUCCCUACAGCUAUCCAAGAAGUCGGCUGGCACCCAGGCAACAAGCAUGUGCAGGCAAGAAUCUGGGUUAGGGUUCCGCUGAGCGGAGGUCAUAUGGUGAUGUUAAGGCUAUCAUUAUUAGAGUAAGUAUCAUCUACAAUUAGACAUCUACAAAUCGCCAUUCAGCUAGUUUUUUCAGAUUUUUUAAGUUUGCUUCUAAUGUGAGUUCUUGAGCCAGGAGCAGCUCUUGGCAACGGGAUGAACCAAGGAAUGAACCAGGUUUCAUCACAACAGCAAGUGUACACUCCAGGUCAGCAUCAACCAGUCUAUGCGCCAGGUCAACAAUAUCUGGUUCCUAGCGCUCAGUAUGUACAGCCGCUCGCACUGGCACCAGUUGGCAGCACGCAAGCUACCACGACGGGAGGAAGAGCUCCAACAAUUAUUGCGCAACCUCCUGGGAGUACUUCUUCUAUUACGGCUUGUUCCCCUAAUCCAUCUUGUUAGACAUUCUGAGAGGGGUUUAUUUCAAUUUCAACGGAAAAAGACGCCCCGGAUGUACUUACUAUCCUAAGAAAGAUGGAAGAUUAGGGCGAGCUCUAAUUCUACAGGCUAUACAACCACAGUGAUCACGCAGCCUGGUGGUGGAGGCUCUGACAUGUUGAGAACGAAUGGGGAUGAAUAUCAUACGAAUGAGGAUGAAUAUAAGACACGGGAAGGUGAGUACAGUAAAGUAGACUGAGGGUUGGCGGAGGUGAGAUCAUGACUAAGAGUUUUCGUGUGUUGUUCUAUAUCUUUCCUCCAGAAAACCUGCAGAGAACUAUAGCACACAUGCAUUGCUACACAAAGAAGGAACUACCUUUCUUGAGAACAAGUGAGAAAUACGCAAU